AUUCUCGCCGCUCUGCCGGGUCUAAGUGUGUAUAUAAGAAAGUGAUCAGUACAGCGCAGUGAUUGAGUGGAUGCUGCUGCUGAGAGGAGGACGCUGUGAGGAGAAGUUGAGGCUGCAGAAACACAUUGUCUUGUUCCUGUUUGAGACGCUCAGCUGAUCCCUGCAGGAUCUCUUCUUCUUCUUCUUCUUCUUCUUCUUCUGACGCUGGAUCAGUUUAUUUGUCCGGAUUAAACUCUGCCCGGGAUGAUUGACGACCGAUGAUCAGAAGGACAUUCCCCACUGAUGGCAGUGAUGGAGAACAAGACGUGGCCGCACCCCUCAUACAUGCCCCAUUAUCUCCUCAGUGGUGACCCUUUCAACUCACGGCUCUCCAGAGAGGCAGACAUUGUCGCAGCGUUUUACAUCUGCAUAAUAGGGAUCAUGUCUGCAACAGGGAAUGGCUACGUCAUUUAUAUGACCAUCAAACGCAAGACCAAGUUGAAGCCUCCUGAGCUCAUGACUGUUAAUCUCGCCAUCUUUGACUUUGGCAUAUCAGUGACAGGAAAGCCCUUCUUCGUUGUGUCCAGUUUCUCUCAUCGGUGGUUGUUCGGCUGGGAGGGUUGUCGUUUCUACGGCUGGGCCGGCUUCUUCUUUGGUUGUGGGAGUCUCAUCACGAUGACCGUGGUCAGUCUGGAUCGAUACCUAAAGAUCUGCCAUCUGAGUUACGGAACAUGGCUGAAGCGCCACCACGCCUUCCUGUGCUUAGCCUUCGUGUGGAUGUAUGCAGCUUUCUGGGCCACCAUGCCCCUGGUAGGCUGGGGGAACUAUGCGCCUGAGCCCUUUGGGACCUCCUGCACAUUAGACUGGUGGCUGGCACAGGCCUCCGUGUCCGGCCAAACCUUUGUUAUGGCCAUCCUGUUCUUCUGUCUCAUCCUCCCGACAGGCAUCAUCGUCUUCUCAUAUGUCAUGAUCAUCUUCAAAGUCAAGUCCUCGGCAAAGGAGAUUUCAAACUUUGAUGCUCGCAUCAGAAACAGCCACAGUCUCGAGAUGAAACUCACAAAGGUGGCGAUGCUGAUCUGUGCAGGCUUUUUGAUAGCCUGGAUUCCAUAUGCAGUGGUGUCAGUGGUGUCAGCGUUUGGUGAGCCAGACACUGUGCCCAUUUCGGUGUCGGUCAUACCCACACUGCUCGCCAAGUCCUCAGCCAUGUACAACCCCAUCAUCUACCAGGUCGUGGACCUGAAAAAUUCCUGUGCAAAGUCCUCCUGUUUCAAGUCCUUAAAGAAGCGCAGGCAUUUCAGGAAGUCAAGGUUCUACACUAUCUCUGGGUCCUUGAAGGACGCUCCAGCAGCCAAAGAAACUCAUAUUGAGUUGUGAGACACUAUAGACAGUGUGACCUUUCUGUUCUUUCUCCUUUGGAUGGUUGGCCUUGUUCCCUGCCCUCUGUUCCUACACUUACACACUCACAUGCUGCCUGUCACCAACUCUGACAUCAUCAGCCUCCCGCCCUUGUUGCCAGUGGUUUGCAGUUUCCUGCAGAUUCCCACCAACUCUUCCUUGGAAACACAUCUUCCUUCGAAUCGUUUUCCUCCCUCUGUGGAGUCGCAUUGUCCUUGCAGUGGUUACCACAUUCAAGUGUUGUGUUG